UUUUCUACCGUUUAUAGUGCAUAUCAGUUUUUACCUGUUUAACCUGACACAUUGUCUUUAGGAUUCACUUCUCCAAUUGGCUGUCCCUUUAACCACGAUGGUGUUAAACGAUGUGACUCUAAGAGUGAAGGUGGUCAAACACAUUCAAUUAUGGCAAAAUCUAACUUGGCUCUUCUACUUGCUUUAAAGAAUGCAUCUGGACUAAUUAUCCAAAGAGGUAUUAAGGGGUUGCCUCAAACCAUCCCGUUCUCUGCUGAGGUGUCCCGUCCCCACAUUACCAAGGAGUCUAGUGCUGCACUUGCUGAAUUAACUAGAAAGUUGAGGCCAUCAGGGUGUCUAUCUGAGGAAAUUGACCUGUCAACUAAGAAUGAGAAACAGAGUGGGUCUGGAUCCCUUACGUUGGUGUCUAGUCCCCAGUCAACUGAGGAGCUGACUGCAUCUGGUUCCCUCACUGUGGUGCUCACACCCCAGCCAACAGAGAAAGUAAAAGAAUCUGGUUCCCUUACUGUGGUGCUCGGACCCCAGCCAACUGAGAAGCUAACAGAAUCUGGUUCCCUCACUGUGUUAUCCAGCCCCCAGCCAACUGAGAAGCUGACUGAAUCUGGUUCCCUCACUGUGUUAUCCAGCCCCCAGCCAACUGAGAAGCUGACUGAAUCUGGUUCUCUAUUUGUGGUGUCCAGCCCACUGUCUACUGGGAAGCUUGCGGAGUCUGGGUUGCUUGUAUUGUCUGGCCCUCUACCAACUGACAAGUCAACUGAAACUGCUUCCUCCUCUUUAGUGUCUAACCCACCUGCUACUGGGAAGCUGACUGAAUCUGGUUCCUUUGUAUUGUCUGGCCCUCUUCCAACUGACAAGCUGACUGAAUCUGGUUCCCUCUAUGUGGUCUCUAGCCCACUCACUACUGGGAAGCUCACAGAGUCUGGUUCCUUUGUAUUGUCUGGCCCUCUUCCAACUGACAAGCUGACUGAAUCUGGUUCUCUCUAUGUGGUAUCCAUCCCACUCACUACUGGGAAACUGACUGAAUCUGGUUCCUUUUUGUCUGGCCCUCUACCAACUGAAAAGCUGACUGAAUCUGGUUCUCUCUAUGUGGUGUCUAGCCCACCUUCUACUGGGAACCUGUCUGAUUCUGGUUACUUUAAAUUGUCUGUCUCUCUCCCUACUGAUAAGCUUACCGAAUCUGGUUCCCUCUAUGUGGUGUCCAACCCCCUUGUUACUGGAAACCAGAAUGAAUCUAGUUCUCUCUCUGCGGUGUCAAGCCAACCUGCUACUGGCAAGUUGAAAGAAUCUGGUUCCCUCGAUGUUGUGUCCAGCCCACUUACUACUGGGAAUCUCACAGAGUCUGGUUCCAUUGUUUUGUCUGGCUCUCUCCCUUUUAGGAAGUUAACUGAAUCUGGUUCCCUCUAUGUAGUGUCCAGCCCACAUACUACUGGAAAGCUGACAGAAUCUGGCUCUUUUUCUGUGGUCUCCAGCCCAGUCACUACUGGGAAUCUCACAGAGUCUGGUUCCAUUGUUUUGUCUGGCUCUCUCCCUUUUAGGAAGUUAACUAAAUCUGGUUCCCUCUCUGUGGUGUCGAGUCCACAUACCACUGGUAAGCUGACCAAAUCUGGUUCCUUCUAUGUGGUGUCCAACCCACUCACCUCUGGGAAGUUGAAUGAAUCUGAUUCCUUUGAGUUUUCCGGCCCUCUGCCUACUGAGGAGUCUGGUUUGCCUUCUGUGGUGUCAAGUCAUCUCCCUAUAGAGUCUGUUCCCCAGUCCAGCCAUCAUGUUUCCCAUGCUUUUUGGAAGAAGAUCAAGUCUCGUCUUCACACUAAUGACAAGUCUGCUCGUCAUUUAUUUGCUUGCUUGCAAAAAAAAGGGUGUACUCUUAGGCAUGUGCAUUUCUAAUUUUUUUAUAUUUUUUUUUAAUUAAUUGUUUUAAUAAACGGCUACUUUCUGGAGUUGUUGUGUUUUGAGUUUUCUUCCCCUAUUGACUUUGCUUCAUGCUCUGCUAAACUAAAAUUGUUGGCAUGAUCUGGGUGUAAAUUAAAUCUGUUACUUAAGGGUCACCACUGAAAUAUCAAAUUAAGACCAGGGAAAGUAGUACACCAACAUUCAUGUGAGUCAGGAUAGGGAUUACAGAUGACAAACCUACUUUUGCAUGGGCUCAAGGAAGUUAAGCUGUUGCACUAACAGUGCUAAAUAAAAAUACAUUUACAUAGU